AUGACCAAAUCGAGUCUCCGAAUCCUCGAAACAGAAAUCAACUCAGCGAGGGGCUCUGCUCGGACACUGCUCAAGGUGAAGCCCGCCAAUUUUUAUGCUUUGCCGCUGGAUGCAACAAUGGUGGAGGAUGACCCCAAUCCUUUGGCAGCAAUCCAAUUCUUCGUUGAGGUGUACUGUCCGCCCAUGUUGCGUUAUCCAACGUUCAGGCUGCAGGGCAGAGAUUCUGCCUUCCUCGAUAUCAACCUUCCAGCAAUGAUGCAAGACCCGUUGAUCACGGCCACCUCUCUCGCAUUCGCUCUUCGAAUGCACGACAAACGUCUGAGCCGGAAGGUGUUGGGUUACUACCGCAGGGGCCUUGUUCUCCUUCGGAAAAGACUCGAAUCCAAUGACCCCACCUCUAGUAACGCUAUACUGUUGAGUCUUAUUUAUUUGAUGGCUGUUGAGUCACUAUCUGAAGGCUUGGGAUCUCCUCUCCAGCACCUUGGAGCCAUGCGUCGUAUGAUACAAAUUCGAGGUGAGCUCAGAGAUUCAGGCUUACAAGGCUAUAUCAAGGCCCAUAUCAGAUCCUGGGAAAUGUUCCUCGGCGGAGUGUAUGCGGAACCUGACCCAGAUCAGGUGCGAAUGUUUCCUUAUGGCUCACUUGACUAUCCCACCCAUCCAUUCGAUCCGGAACUGAGCCUCAUCUUAAGUCGUCUGCCUUUAGGCUUUAUCGAAUUGGCUAUGUCUUGCAGACUAAGCAUUCAAGUGAUACGAGUGGUGCAGGCCGGUGCACAACUCAUGUCCAAUCUCUUCCAUCAGGAGCAAAAUCUUGAGCACGACGACAGAGUGCAUUUUCCACAUUCCCCGCCAUCGUAUUCCGUAUCACCUGCUCAAGUUAUGUUUCUGGCCAUCGCCAUUCUACAAAAUCAAGAUCGCAACAUGGUCGAGGAGGUGCUCGCAAUUUCAUUGCUGGCAUUAGCAAUAUCGACUGAGGCUUUGGGGGAACACAUGACAACCGGCUAUGGAUUCAUCCAAACUUACUGCAUGGGAAUCUGGGACGUCAACAUUGAGCGAGAAUGUCGCAGUACUGGAGCGCUGGGACUUGGAGAUUUUCUUCUCUGGACCAAAAUGUUACUAUUGGCAACAUUCGACCACGACACACAGACCCGAAGGACUGCCGUCCAACUGCGACAGGAUAUCCCAUUUCCGGAGUUCAAGCCCUCGCAUUUUGAGGUCUGCAGGCAGUUCUUCUGGACGGAGUUGUCGUCUCUGUCGCUGGAGCUGAAGAUGGCGCAAGACAGGGCACUCCGCAAACCACGGCGUUCCGACGAGCGAACGAGUCCUCGAACCGAUUGA